AUGAAACAAACUGUAUCUUCUUCAUUCUCGUCACCAUUCAAAGGCAAAACAUUUGUACUCGAACUUGGCCGUGAAAUAGGUUUCAAAGCUAAACAAGAGCUUAUCAACUAUUUACGUGUAGAACAAGCUUAUAUUUCAUACAUUCUUACAGCUAGUACGGACUACGUUUUGGUUACAAAUGAUGUGGAUACUUACAAGACACGUCGUGCUAAACAGCUCGGUUUGCCACUGGAAACCAAUGACAAGUCGGAUGUCUUUUUUGCUCUUGAACUUCAGGUUAUCCCCGAACAAUAUUAUGAUCGAAUAACGAGCGACUACCGACUACGAUUUCGAUACGAAAAGCAGACAAUUGUUGGCGAAAGACAAGAACAAGGCAAACGAAUAUCGAUACAAUAUGCAUUCGGUGAUGAUUCAAAUGAACUACAACAAUUGUUUGCAUCGUAUUAUUAUCGAGUGGCCAUCAUGCCACGUGUGAUACCAGUUCGAGAGAUGUUACCUGAUAAAUUAGGAUCGAAAUUAUUGUUACGUAUCAUCGAAGCGGAAGCUGCUCUACUUGAACUCAAAUCGAGCAAUGAUUCAGCUGCUGCACAUCGUUUCUAUUCACUGAUUCCACAUCGACCACAAUUCAAUGUUGAUCUUGUAAAAAAUCGUCGAAUAUUGAUCGAAAAAAUUGACUUAUGUCAAGAUAACGAAUAUGCGAUAUAUGAACUCGAUCAACAACGUUUACUCUACAUUGUCGAAGUUUCAUGGAUACCGAACGAUGUUCUCAAUAUUAAAUUAGAACGAUUACCAAUUGUUCACAAUCAACAACAUCUAUCGAAAUUAAGUGAACACGUCGAAGUCCCAUUGACAAUCGAUGAUGAAGUCAUUCAAGUUGCCGAACAGGAUUAUGGUUUAGUAUGUCCAUCGUCGGGCAAACUUGUACCACUUAAAUCAUUUCACAUUCGUGCUCAAAUUGUCGAUACUAUAGUUGAGGUUGCUCUCUAUCAAGUCUAUCAUAAUACGAGUUCAAUACCAAUCGAAGCAAAAUACGUAUUUCCUCUUGAUGAAAAUUCAACAGUAUGCGGGUUUGAAGCACAUAUCAAUAAUAAAGUAAUCAAAGGUAUUGUCAAAGAAAAAGAACAAGCUAAACAAGAAUAUCGUGAAGCAAUUGAAAAAGAUUAUGGUGCCUAUUUGAUGCAUCAAGAACAGGCCGAAGUAUUCAGCAUCGCUGUUGGCAAUUUGCCUGCGAAUACUGAAGUCAUUAUUAAGAUAAUUUAUGUUGCCGAAUUAGAAAUGGAAAAUGGUGAUAUUAUAUUUCGUUUUCCAGCCAAAAUGGCUUCAUGGCAAACGAAACAAGCGAUCGAAACAAAAGAUCAAUCUACAAUACGAUCGAUUGAUAUUGUCGAUGAAAGAGUUGAAUUUAGUCUCAAAGCAUCAAUUCGAAUGCCAUACGAAAUAAUCAAAUUAUUUUCGCCAACACAUUGUCUUCGUCGAAAAUUAACCGAUUGUAUAGCCAUGAUCGAACUUGUCGAUAAUGUUUUACUUGAUCGAGAUUUUAUUCUUUCGAUUACACUGAAAAAUGCUAAUUUACCUCGAAUGUUAAAUGAAACAUUGUCAUUGGAUGAUGAUAAUAAUGAUUCUCAAGCAUGUAUGCUUACAUUUUAUCCACGAUUCGAACCAUCGACCAAAUCAAAUGAACAAAUCGAAAUUAUUUUUCUUAUCGAUGUAUCCAAUUCAAUGGAUGGUAGUCAUGUACAACAGGCUAAACAAUUGGCUCAUUUGUUUCUGACGAAUUUGACAAUUGAUAAUGGAAAUAUACUUUUUAAUAUUGUUACAUUUGGAUCAGAUAAUGAUGAAUGCUUUCCAAUUGCAAUGCCGGCGACAAAAGAGAAUCUUGAUAAAGCCAAACACUUUGUUCUGCAUUCACUUGUCAAUCGUGGUAAUACGGAUCUAUUUGCUGUCCUCUAUCGAUAUUCUCUGUUGUCAUCAUCAUCAUCGAAAUUUGCUCGUCAAUUUAUUCUUCUAUCCGAUGGACAUAUUCAUGAUCUUAAAUCAAUUCUUGCUCUACUCGAACAUCAAUCGACAAUGUGUCGUGAUCGUCUAUUUACAUGUGCUAUUGGCAAUGUUGCUAAUAAACACAAUUUGAAACGAUUAACCCGUGGAGCAAAUGGAGGUGGUUUAACAACCAUUUUCGAUUCGAAUUAUCGAUCAAAAUGGAAAACUAAAGUACAAAAUAUUCUCGAACAUAUUCGACAACCAUGUGUUACAAGUAUAUCAAUCGAUUGGCAUGAUAGUAGUUUGGAUGUGCAACAAAAAUUCAAUAACCAAGCUCCAAAAAUGAUUCGAUCAUUAUUCAAUGGAAUGAAACUUACUGUCUAUCGAUUUAUACGAAAUUGUCAUAAGGCAACAUUGACAGCAACAAUCAAUGGACAAGAAUUUGUUACAACUGUAUUUAGUAGUACAGUAACAAUGACCAAAGGUCGCAUUCUACAUUGUCUAACUGCUCGAGCGAUUAUUGAUGAUUUCGAUAAUGGAAUAUUGCAUAUCGACGAAAGCGAGAAUGAAUUAAUCAAAAUUCAAUACAAACGAGAUCUUAUCGAUUUAAGCAUAAAAUAUUCGGUUAUAAGUCCAUAUACGAGCUUUAUUGCUAUCGAAAAACGUGAUAAUACACAAACUCAUCAAACAGGCGUUCGUCUUGUUAAUGUAAUGGUCGAUCGUGAUAUCGACUUGCUUCCAUAUAUUGGAUGGGAUGGUGAUAUGUCACAUUUAACAUCGAUUAAACAGAAAUUGAUUAAUGCACGUAUUUCACUCGAAAGUGCAUCGAUUUUAAGCAAAAAAGAUUCGAUUGUCGAUAUUGAAAAGUUUUGUGAAAAAAUUUCUUAUCGAUCAGGUGACGAUGCAAAAUUUGAUAUGAUGAUGACAAUCAUACGUGCGUAUCAUUAUUCAUUCAAUGAACCGGAAAAAGCAAAUCAAAUCGAAGAUAAAAUGCGAAAUGGUAUGUAA